CAUCUGACGGUCUACGGUGAAGCACCAGAAGAAUGGCGGAGCACCUGGGUCUUCUUUCUGACUUCACUCCCUUCCCGCCUUUAUUCAGUUGUCCGAAGGAACACUUUCCGAACAACCUUGGAGAAUCCUAAUCGUUUUCUGAGGCGAAGAGAUGUGUGGGAGAGCUCGUUGUACUCUGAGAAACGACGACUUCCUUAGGGCUUGUUAUCGCGACAAUGGUCCUGUUCGUUCCGUCAAUAUGGACCGGUAUAGGCCAUCAUAUAAUGUGUCUCCGGGAUUUAACGUGCCAGUUGUUCGUAGAGAAGAUGCAUCUGAUAGCGAAGGUUGUGUUCUUCAUUGCAUGAAGUGGGGGUUAGUUCCCAGUUUCACCAAGAAAACAGAGAAACCUGAUCACUACAAGAUGUUUAAUGCUCGGUCUGAAUCUGUUGGCGAAAAGGCUUCAUUUCGCCGCCUUCUUCCGAAAUGCAGGUGCCUUGUGGUUGUAGAAGGAUUUUAUGAGUGGAAAAAGGAUGGAUCAGGAAAACAGCCUUACUACAUUCACUUCAAAGAUGGACGCCCUCUUGUCUUUGCUGCUCUUUAUGAUUCUUGGCAAAAUUCUGAAGGUAAUAUUCCUGGAGAAAGAUGA